AUGGCCGAUCAAUCGGCUUCUUCUUUCCAAGGAAUAGGAACUCCUGCUUCCGAUUCCUCUUCUCUCACCGUGAUAACUCCUCAACUCAAAUUCUUGAUCAGUAAUACCAAGAAUCUUGUUGCUCCCGUCUCCCCUUCUAAAGCCCGAGCUCCCUGUCCUCUCGCUCUCGCUCUUCUUUGUUCGCACAAUCCAGCUAAGCCGAAUUCCCCCACCCGAUCUCCCACUCCGAUCUCCAUCAAUUCCAGACCUCUUACUUCACCUCAACCUGCUUCUAUCACUCCUAUUACCUCUACUGCUCCCAUUCAUCCUAUGAAAACUAGGCGGCAAACCGGUCAUCUUAAGCCCAAAGUCAUGUUUGAUCUCACUCAUCAAUUAACUGAUGCUGAUCCGACCUCCUACACUCAUGCCAGCAAAGUGGAACAUUGGUGCACCGCUAUGUCUCAAGAGUUUCAGGCGUUACAAUCUCAAGGAACUUGGGACUUAGUUCCUCCAAAACCGGAUCAACACAUUCUUGGAUGCAAAUGGAUAUAUCGCACUAAAAGAACCUCCUCUGGCACUGCUUCUCGCUAUAAGGCUCGUCUUGUCGCCUUAGGAUAUAAUAGAGAAUUUGGUAUUGAUUACACUGACACGUUUAGUCCAGUUGCUAAAAUUCCUACGGUUCGCGUUUUACUUGUCUUAGCUUUACAUGAAAAUUGGCCCAUACAUCAAUUAGAUGUUUCUAAUGCUUUUUUACAUGGUUCUCUAACUGAUACGGUGCAGGUGAGGGAAGUAGUGCUAGAAGACAUGGAUAUCUCUAAAGCCAUUGUGGACUACAUAGCAACUAACAAAGUCCACAAUGUUGUUGUUGGUGCCUCCAGUAGGAAUGCUAUCACAAGAAAAUUUAAAAAUCCUGAUGUGCCUUCGAAUGUGGCCAAAUCAGCUCCAGAUUUCUGUACAGUGUAUGUCAUAUCCAAAGGGAAGCAAGUAAGUGUUCGAUCAGCAAGAAGCCCUGCCCCUGCUAAUCACACACCACCGAGGCAAGCACAGCCGCUUACUGUAGCGCCGAGCAAUCAUCUUGGCUCGGAUGAUUCUAUCAAUCUUGACAUCUACUGUUCCCAAAGGCCUGCAACUUCAACGCCUAGGGAAUCCUUUUCAGAGGAUUUUGAUGUUCAAAGAAAUAUGGGAUUCAGAGUUCCUGAUUUCAGUGAGUCAUUUGAGAUGAAUAUGAGCAGCAUCACUGACAUAUCCUCAACAAGUACUAAUCUCAUUAUCAUGGAAGAAUUUUAUAGGAAAGAACUUCAUACUUACCAUUCUACACAGGCAAAUAGAGACAUAGAAGCUGAGAUGAAAAGACUGAAGCUUGAGCUGAAGCAAACCAUGGACAUGUACAGCACAGCGUGCAAGGAAGCAAUCACAUCUAAACUGAAGGCAAAAGAGCUUCAUGAUAGGAAGAUGGAGGAAGCUAGAAAGGUCGAGGAAGCAAAGUAUGCAGAAGAAGCAGCUCUUGCUCUUGUAGAAAGGGAAAAGGCCAGAUGCAAGGCUGCUAUUGAAGCAGCUGAAGCAGCUCAAACCCUUGCAGAAUUUGAGGCACAGAGAAGGUUAAAUGCAGAGCUUAAGGCCAAGCAUGAAGCUGAGGAGAAGUUGAGAGCUCUGAAUGAACUGGCACUUAAGGAUCAACGCUACAGGAAAUACAAUAUUGAUGAGAUUGAGAUUGCCACUGAAUACUUCUCAGAAUCACUAAAGAUUGGGGAAGGUGGAUAUGGGCCUGUUUAUAAAGCUUCACUAGAUCACACUCCAGUUGCCAUUAAAGUUCUGAGACCAGAUGCAGCUCAAGGGAGGAAGCAGUUCCAACAAGAGGUUGAGGUUCUGAGUUGUAUAAGACAUCCAAAUAUGGUCCUACUACUUGGUGCCUGCCCCGAGUAUGGAUGCUUGGUGUAUGAGUUCAUGGAUAAUGGAAGCUUGGAAGACAGACUAUUCCGACGUGGGCACAGCCCUCCUAUCCCAUGGCCGGUGAGAUUCAAAAUUGCAGCAGAGAUAGCCACUGCUUUACUCUUCCUCCACCAGGCUAAGCCAGAGCCAUUAGUCCAUAGAGACCUCAAACCAGCUAAUAUACUCCUUGACCACAACUAUACCAGCAAGAUAAGUGAUGUAGGCCUCUCAAGGCUUGUUCCUCCUUCAGUAGCUGACAGCGUAACCCAAUACAGAAUGACUUCAACUGCUGGAACCUUCUGUUAUAUUGAUCCUGAGUAUCAGCAAACAGGAAUGCUUGGUACUAAGUCUGAUGUUUACUCACUUGGGGUUCUUCUGCUUCAAAUUAUUACUGCUAAAGGCCCAAUGGGACUAACUCAUAUUGUAGAAAGAGCUUUAGAAAGGGGAACCUUAGUUGAUUUGCUUGAUCCUACGAUAACUAAUUGGCCAAUGGAAGAUGUUAUAAGGUAUACAAGGCUUGCACUGAAAUGCUCAGAGUUGAGGAAGAAGGACAGACCUGAUCUUGGGACUGUUAUAUUGCCAGAACUUAAUAGGUUGAGAAAUCUUGGUUUUGAAUAUCAAGCUAGUUGUAAUAGUAGUAGCAACGGUAGCACUGAUGGUGGAAGUUUUGGAGUGCAUCAAAGAGCUAAAUCUGCUUGUCAAAUAGGUUUACCAACGGCCAAAAAAAAUAUUAUUUGA